CUUGGUCGCGAGCAGAGCUCAGGGUUGCAGCAGAGCAUCUGCCCUUUCCCCCCUUUCCAUAACAACAAAAAAGCAUCAUCCAUCACCCUUUUGUUUAUUUUAUUUCUCGCUUACCCAGUUUAUUUGAGGCCAUUUGCAUGCAUUGUUCGUCUCCUAAAAUGGUUUGCGAGACUAAAAUAGUAGCGGAUGAGCAUGAUGCCAUACCCGGGACCAAAAAAGAUUCAAUCAUUGUUUCCUCCUCACAAAUGUGGACUUCCACGCCCGCGCCGGCUACCAGCGCACUGGAGAGCAAGGAGCCGCGGGGAGAUGCAGUGUUCAUUCGGGAGUUCGAGCGUGCCGACCACGGCGAAGUGAGGCGCAUCUUCUGCGAGGGUAUCAUGGAGCGGAUCCCGAAUACGGCCUUCCGAGGGCUACGGCACCAGAAUCAAACCCAGUUUCUCUACGCGAUGCUCACUCUCAUGUGCUACAUGGUGACCGAUUCUCUCGCGCUGACCUGCUGCACCCCGUUCCUCCUGAUGGGGGCGCGCUACUACUACAGCCGCAAGGUCAUCCUCGGAUACCUGGACUGUGCGCUUCACACCGACAUGGCGGACAUCGAGGCCUACUACAUGAAGCCAGCAGGUUCGUGCUUCUGGGUGGCCAUGCUGGAGGGCCGCAUAGUGGGCAUUGUGGCGGCACAAGGCCGCGAGGACGACAACACGGUUGAGCUGCGUCGCAUGUCGGUGGACUCGCGUUACCGGGGCAAGGGUAUCGCCAAGGCACUGGGCCGGCGUGUGCUGGAGUUUGCCGUGCUCAACAACUACUCGGCUGUCGUUCUGGGCACCACCGCAGUCAAGCUGGCGGCGCACAAGCUGUACGAGUCGCUCGGGUUCCGGCACGCCGGCGAGAGCCAGGACCACACACUCCCCGGCACGCCACGCUCCACGCUCCAGAGCCUCUUCUUCCAGAUCCGCUACCACCACUACCGCUUGCAGCUCCACGAAGAGUGAGGUGGAAAGAGAGAGAGAAGAGCGAGCAAGAGAUAGCAGAGAGGAGAUAUAAGACAGAGAGGGGGGAAGGUGAGAAGGAGAGGGGAGGAAAGAGAGAGGAAGGAAAGUAAAAGUCUUCAGGCAAUGAUUUUUGGCUACCCCUCCACCAGAAACCCUCUUUGGCUUUUUUUCCCCAGAUAAUCUUUUUAUUUUAUACUUAAAAAAAAAAAAACAAUAGCAUUGUGAGUGUUCAGGCAACAAGCAGUAGUACCUCUGUACAUUUAGAUCACUUGAUGUUAUAUUUUUUUCUUUCUUUUUUUUGUUUUUCUUCUGUAGAACAAAUGGGACCCUGUUUCUUUUAAUUGCACUUGUGUUUUUCCCCACUCUUCGUCCUUCUGUCAUUCGAUCCCCCUGCCAUUCAUCCAAGCUUCACCCUCCAUUUGGAUCAUCAGCAUUCCACCAGUUCCAACCAUUCAUUUCCUCUCCGAACAAAAGCCCUGCACGCGGCCCACCCAUCCCGCCCCUAUCUGCCUCUGGUGGCCAUUUUGUUUUGGUCGGUAGAGAGUGGGCAGACCACCACCACAGACCAUCAGACCUCCAUCACCAAGGCAACCAUUCUUGAGCAAGCCAGGGGUAAGAUGUUGGCCCCUGCAGCCACGAAUGGGGGUCAUGACUGAAGCACAGCAAGUCAUCCAUAAACAUGUGUGUGUGUAAGUGUGUAGAAAAGUGAGUGUAUGAGAGGAAAAGGGACGAAGGGACAGUUAGAGUGUGUCCCAGCACUCUUAUUUCUUGGAAGCUCUUCCUGACACUUCGCCAUUUUACAUCUCUUUGAAGGGCCUUCUCUAUUUUUUUUUUAAAAAGCCUGCAUUCCUCUCUCAUAUUAAUGUUUUCAUUCAUCCUUUAACCCUGCCUUCUCUUGUCCAUCUUAGGCCAUGUAAACUGUAAUUUUAUGUGUAUGUGUGUGCGUGUCUGUGUAUAGAAAAAUAGUCCAAACACCUAAUUCCCCUCACAAAAGAAUGUUGAGAGCUUAGGAGAGCUAGCGAUUGGUAUAUCACGUCCAGUCCCCUCUGCUCUCUAACUGUUAGCAGUGGACGAUGCCCCAGUAUGUAAGAGUGUUGUAAGAAGAAGGACUAUCCACCAAUCUCAGCAUUCCUGUUUGUGCUCUCCAUCCCAGGAACAGCCCUGACCUGUGGAGACACUUCAAACUAGAGCAAGUCUCAAACAUCUAUAAUCAACUGUGAGGCUACAGUUGACUGGGCAGAAAUGGGCAAUGGCUUAAUAUGUUCUCCAGAGCCUGUCUGUGUUCUCUUUUUUAGUAGAGAAACUGCUGUAUCUUUAUGGCUGAGCCAAUGCAUUUGAUAUACUCAGCUCUUAAAGGGAGGAAAGAUAAAUAUUUGUCCUUCCCAUACACACACGCACACACAUAUUAAAUAACAAGUGUGUGAUUCAAAUGAGGAGCUAAACACGUAACUGCAGCCAUCUGCAUAAUUAGUGGUUAGGUGAAUUUUUAUGACUCGUUUUGAUAAUUUUCUUUCAUGAAACUUUUUCAAAAUGUAUAACUACAUUAAUAUAGGAGAAAAGUGAUUUCCUGAUAUUGCUACACUUAAAAGCAAUAUGUUUAAAACAAAAUUAAAUUUUCUUUCACACAAAGUAUUUGAAAACACGAAAAGUUUGCAGUCUCCAAGCUAUUGGAAGAAAGGCUCGGAAAGAAGUUUGCGUCUUGAAAGGCAUCUGAGCACAAAAUGUGAAUAAUUUGGAUAUAUGACAAAUUAUACAACAUAUAUACACAAUAUACCAAUAUUUAUAAUGAAUAUACGAUAUUUGUAGAUGAAUAUACGUAUGUGUAUGCUGUGAAAAUGCAUAUCGCCAUGUCUCUCCAUAUCCAAACAGAACCAGCACUGGAAGAUUCAACACAAGCCUCAUUUGUGACAUACUCUUGUAUAAAGUAACUAAACCUAAAAUGUGAUAAUUAAUAAUAAAAAAAGAACUAAAAAAAAACUUUGCAUAGAAGUACAAAACGUAGUAAUGCAAGAAAACUACAUGAUCCUGCAGACCUUCCCUGACUUGACUUCUGUACUCCUCCUUUACCCCACCCCCCAUUCCAUUGAUCUGACUGCAACCCUGAGCUAUACCUACCCUCCACCCCGCCCCCA